CGGGAGUGCGCCGGCCGGGCACUGCUGAGUGGUUUCGCAAAAGGAUCCUGUUAUCUGACGGUGGAAUUUGGUUUACAAACACAAAACCUUUCUUUAGGUGAUGUUGCCCAUCACACAAUUUGAAAAUGUCUGAAGACAUAUGUGAUGGCAUCUCACCUGAAGAAAAACCUGAAGUAAUGGAAAUGCCCAGCAAUGAGGUAUUGCCUCAUGAGUCAGCACCACACCUUGUGGAAGCUGAGAUCUUGCAUGAGCCUUCACAAGAUGAACAUGGACAGGCUGCUCAGAGUGCCAGUAAUAGACAGGAAGGAGAAAUAUUUAUUAAUGAAAACCCUUUGACUGAAAAAUUAAUUGAAAGUGUGCCUUCCACUGGAGAGGCAACGGAAGACGUGCCAGCUGAGUGCAGUGAGACUGUAAGCCUUGAUGCAGAACCUGAAUCUGAAGAAACACUCAAUGAACAAAGCAGUUCAGCCACAGACUCUUCAUCUAAAGCAAGUAGAUGGGGAGCCUGGGGUACCUGGGGAAAGACUCUCCUGUCAUCAGCUUCUGCCACAGUGGGUCAUGGGAUAACAGCAGUAAAGGAAAAAGCAGGAUCUACCCUAGGAAUUCAUAAUACAAGUUCAGCAUCUUCAGAAACAGCAGAAUCUCCUGCAGCUGAAACACCAGUUACACAAGCAGAAGAUACUCUGGACCAAAGCUCUUCUGAGAAUAUUCCUUCUGCUUCAUCUGGAUCUCGUGGCAUGUUGUCAGCUAUAACUAAUGCUGUUCAGAACACAGGGAAAAGUGUUUUAUCUGGAGGCUUAGAUGCUUUGGAAUUCAUUGGGAAGACAACAAUGAAUGUCCUUGCAGAAAGUGAUCCUGGAUUUAAGAGAACCAAAACACUGAUGGCAAGAACAGUUUCUCUCUCUCAGCUGUUGCGCGAAGCUAAAGAAAAAGAGAAACAGAGGAGGGCCCAGCAAGUUACAGUUGAAAGAACAGCCCAUUAUGGACUACUCUUUGAUGAAUUCCAAGGUUUGUCUCAUCUUGAAGCUCUGGAAAUCCUGUCAAAUGAAAGUGAAGUUCAGAUUCAGUCAUACUUAGCAACACUUGAUGGAGAGCAGUUGGAGACUGUGAAAACUGAUUUAAUUGCUAUAAAAGAGAUCUUUGUUCCAAAGGAAUCAGAUGUUGAAGUGGUGCAGGCACAGAAAGGUAUGGGAGAAGAGUUUGUCAGCAUGCUCACUGAACUGCUCUUUGAAUUGCACGUUGCUGCUACUCCUGACAAACUCAAUAAGGCUAGGAAAAAAGCUCAUGAGUGGCUAGAAGAAGCCACUUUUCCCACACCAGUAGACAUAGAAGAGAAGGUAAAAGAAAAACCUGGAGAACCUGAUGAAGAAAGCACUGAAAAAGAAGAAAAAACUGACAGUGAUAAACCAGAAAUAAAUAAAAACAAAACUGUGGAGGAAAUCUACAUGCUGUCCAUCGAAAGUCUGGCCGAGGUAACUGCUCGUUGUAUUGAACAGCUUCAUAAAGUAGCAGAGCUAAUUCUGCAUGGGCAGGAAGUAGAAAAAACAGCUCAAGAUCAAGCAAAAGUACUGACAAGCUUAACAAAUGCCAUGUGCAAUGAAGUUUCAUCUUUAUCCAAGAAGUUUUCCGAUUCUGUAACAGCAGCUGGGAGCAGUAUGAAGGCAGAGGUUCUUAACCCUAUCAUCAACAGUGUGCUAUUAGAGGGUUGCAACAGUACUACUUAUAUUCAGGAUGCUUUCCAGCUAUUGCUUCCAGUUCUGCAAAUUUCCCAUAUCCAGACAAGUUGUUUGAAAGCACAAGAGUGACAGUUUCCCAGCAGCUGUCACCAUCGGGCUUAACAGAAACCACAGACCUGAUGCCUUUUAAUGCAUGCAGGUAGAAGAGAUGGUACAAGAGAUGGCUGGCCGCUUUGAGUCCUUUGAAGACUCUAAAUGCAGUUUUGCACAUACAAUAUUGAACAACAUUUUAAAACUCAUCAGACUUUUAGGCUUCAGAAGUAGUUAGUAAAGUGAGUAAUUUCUUUUCCACUAGAGUAUAUCCUUUGCAGGAAUUUAAAAUUAAGUUUAUUGAUACUAGCUUUGACAUAAACACAGUUUCUAAAAGUUGACGUUUCAGUUGUGUUCCAUGUAUGAAGUGAAUUGGAACAUAAAGCUGUUUAAAACAUUUCAGCCCAAAUGACCAUUUCUGUUGUUUGCAUCCUGUCAGUUAAAAAUGUAUACUUCAAAAGCUGGUUUCAUUAUUUAAUUUGAGGCAACAUGAACAAAUUAUCAUAGUGCUGUGCUCAUUAAAUAUUGCUUACAGUAGCAAGCAGUAAUAUCAUAAUAAUAUGUACCACCUACACAGCACUUUGUAUUAAAAGAGUUGUACAGUAAUAAGUAUGAACUUUGCUAAAUGAAAAUUAUGGAGGAUCUGCAUAAAGAAUUAUACUGAAAAGAAAUGUUCUGAGCCAGUUAAGAGUGCUAAGCUCUGUAUUUGCUGACCCAUAAUUUUUUGUUUAUGUCUGUUUCUUCGUUCCAACAGCUGAAAAACAUUGCAGUCUGAAGUAAUCUUUUUAAUAUGCAAGGGAUAGAAAAUUUCCCUUUUGUUUGGCAAUUGAAACACCCCCAAAAUAACCUCCUCUCAGAUGCAUCACCAGGUUAGCGCUUUGGGGUUUAAUUUAGGUUUUAAACAUUGUGAACCUUUUAUCAAAUGGAGUUACUGAUACCAAUAAUUCAGCUGUACAGGUUUUGGGCACAGAAGAGAAGUUGUGAAAACAAGUUAAAGAGAAUUGCUUUGGGUGGGGAGGUCAUAAGUCAACUUUUCUCUGGGGCAGUAGUUACACAGAGCAUAAAUGAGCAGCAAGAAUGAUGUUUCAUGAUAACACAGUAACCAUGAUUUUGUCUAUAUCCUUAGCUUAAAAUCCUGAACUAGGAACCUCAGAAUUUGUUCAGGUUAGUUUACCUUGUAGACAAGAACAUCCCAGUAUUUUAUGUAGCCUCUUCUCCUGGAUUGUCAUUGUUUAUUAUGAUUCUUUCAGCUAUUUUGUAUUUUUUUCCACUUGAUACACACAUGGGAUGUAUUUAAAUGCUAUUUAAUUGUAGUUAACAUCUGAAUGUUUUUUACUAUAGAAGCAAGUUCAUACAUCAUAAAAAUAAUGAAAUGGAGAACAAGGAAAUACUAUGCUGGUUUUUAGGAGAGAGAAUCCGUGUUUCUGCUUUGCACAUGAUAACUUUUUUUGAGACCAAAUAAGAGACGAGAGAAAGGUCUCUCUGUGUUUUACAGUGUUGUGAUUCCUGUUCUGCUGUCACACACAUUGUGACUUUUCCUUCUUUUGUUACUUAGAGAUGGAAUUUUCACUAUCCCCAAAGUAAGGUUGGUUACAUAUAAUCUAUUUUCUGCCACCCUGUAACUGAACAGAUUUGAGAUCUUUCUGGGUAAGUAGAAGGGGUACAGACUUCAAAUCCACUUGCACAAAAUGUAAAAAAAAAACACCUUACAGCAAUGUGAACGAAAAUAAGAAAAAGCCCCUUGGCAGCUGCAAAGGCAAACAAAGCUUGACAUUCAUUGGUAUUUAUGCCAUAUUGAACAGCUAACAUUACCUUAACAUGGGAGGAAGUGGGUCGUAAGACAGUGUGACCAGUCAGCAGACUCACUAGCCUAGAGGUAGGAAUCAGCUCCCACCAACCAUCACGCCCACCACACUUCUAUUUGGCAUGACUUUAUUUCUCAAAGCAUCACUUCAAAAAUGUAUUACAAAAUAAUGUUGAUACAAAACACUUCACCUCUGACUUCUACACUUUGAGGGGAAUAAGCGAACUCUUCUCUAGUCAUACUGCCUGGCAGCUGGCAGACACACACACCUGUGCUUGUUUGGCCAGAGGUCUUUCUUCUGUACACACUGCGACCCAGGAGAACAGCUCAUCAGUGCCAUUAGUGAGAUUAUUGUGUAUGGAGCAAAAUACAUAUGCUUCAUAACAUCAGUGGAAGCAUUCAAUAGCUUGUAAAAAGUCCUUGUUUAAGGUGUGUGUUUCUGUUGUUCUGUAUUGGCAAGCAGAAUAUAGUACCUGGUUAAAGCUUGUUUAUUUUUUCAAAGACAGUAAAGAAAAGUCUAAUGUUUUCACCUAUCAAUCAUUACAACCUUAUUUUUACUUUAAUUUGAUCAUUAUUUUUCAUCAAGAAUCCUUUCUGUUCACUUUGGAGUGCUGCUCUGCAUUAGGUAUCUGUAAAGAUCAUAUUACUGCCAAAUGAAUCACAGAACAUGGCAGUAGCUAUUCCACAUCAGUCCUAAUCUAAGUUAGUGUUUUCUGACAUAAAUUGAUUUAGUUACUUUUUAUAUUGAUCUUUUUUUUUUCUCUGAACUGCAAUGCAGAAUAUAUAGUGUUAAACCUGCCAGAAAAAAGUGUUGGCUAAUGGUGGUGCCUUUUAGCAGAGCCUGAAUAAUAUAGUAUUAGAAGCCUCAGGGGAUAAUGUUUGCAGUGGUUGAGGGGCAUUCAUAAGACAAAGAUUGCUUGUCUGAGAUACUGCUUACUAGGGGUUUCACUGUCUUGCUGAAAUUAUGUAUGUAUUGAAUAAAGUACCUUACCCUGAAGUAAAAGAAGCCAUAAAAAAUAACAGGGAGACAAAGUAUUUACAUCCAUACAAUGUACAAAGGAAAAUAGGGCAAAAUAUGAGAAUAUGAUUACUCCAUCUGAUCUCAGAUGCAGUCAUCUUGCCUUAGGAAAACUGAAUGUUGUAUCUUUACAUCAGUUUUAGGUAAAUAAUAUUUCAGUAGAAAAGUACCGUGUGGAUGUAACCAGAAUUUUUUAUUUACACAGAUUUGUAUUUUUCCAUCAGUCAAAUAAAUGAUUUUAGAGACUGAACUGAGACAGUAUACCAAAAAAAGAAUGUUUUGAAGAAUAAUGUGGUGGAAGGAUGCACUCAGUGAAGUCUUUCACUUUGUGAUUUACCUUUGGAAUGAUGAGUGAUUUUCCUGAGAGUCUGGCAAAACCGGAUGUUGCCUUAAGCUUUUAAGGGACAGUGCUUUUCCUUUCAUCACCACCUUUUCCUAGGUCAGUAUGCUGAGUGUGCCUUGGCACUUGUCAAACUAUGAGGUUUUAGAUAGUUAUUUAAGAAAUAACCUAGACUGUGAAGAUCACCUGUUCUUUCAAGCAGCUCUGGGAUUUGUGGCAUUCCAUUCACUUGAUGCAGACACAAAGAAAGCAGGCUUUUGCACUCACUAACCUGAGAAAUUUAUCAAGAUGAAACUUAAACCAGUGUCUGCAGACCUACAGCCUUGUAGAUGAUCCACUGUUAUAAGCAUCACUGAAAGAUGACCUAGAAGUAAACUGUUAGACAAGUAAUUUGCUCUGUUUGUAUAUUAGAGGUAUUUGCUGUUUUAUUUUUUUUUAGGCAGACAAACCAAAGCAAGCUGUAAGUUGUUUGCUGCUUUUUAGGGUAUGGUCUGUUCAUGUGUAAACAUCUCUUCCCCAUGAUUUGCUCCUCCACCCCAGCAUCCAUUGCUUGUGACAGCUAAACAAAAGAGCUGUCUCUUCCACUUUUUUCAUGCUGUUUAGAUCAUCCACUGAAGCCAUUAAUAUCUUCCUCUAAAAUGUGACUCAAUCUUAUAGUACAACGUUGCAAUCAUUACAAGCUGAGAUGCUUUUUAAUGAUGUUUCCAGAGUCACCCACCAGUCAGGAUUCAUAAAUACUUUAAUGAGGCUGAAAUAUCCCAGUGUUUGGAGUGAUAAAUACAGAUUUCCACCAUUUUUCUGAUUCCCAGAAGUAUUUUUAGCGUGCAGGCAGUCACCCAGUGCAUAGGAUUAUCUUUGAGACAUUGCAGUUCUAUUUCAAAUGACAGCCCUGUCCUUACUGUUAGUCUCAAAAGAAUGUAGACAGUAGAAAAGGACUUCCCUAAGAUCUUUCUAAAACCUCUCAGAGCAAGGCUUAACAUAACACCAUCAGCCUGUCUGACCUACUUUGGAAUUCUUACAGCCUGACUGGAAAAGCCCCUGCACAUUCAACACUCUUUUUCUGUCUCUGGUCAACCUGUGUUGCUGAAGCUGGUUUUAGUGUGUGACCUGUGUAUUUUCCAUGCUCUGACUCCUACUUCAGCAUCCAGUAUUGACAAUGUGUAGUUAUAGAAUUAAAAUAUUGAAAUAAAAUGUCAAAAUGGAGCUGUUAAAAAGAUGGGGGAAGGAAAAUGAUUUUCAAAGGAAAAGAAAGAAAAAAGGUUGUGCUUCCUGGAAAUAGAAACAGUUUUCAAGGUUGAAUUAGAGAAAAGGCUCUCUCACUGAAUUUUUCAGCAUUGUUCAGGAUAAACAAGAGAUGACAUCUGAUUAGUUCCAGGGCACUUCUGCAGUAAAAUGAAAAUUUGCAUGAACUUGAAGGAAAUAAGAGAAAGAGCUCAAAGGAAAGGUGGUGGCUAAUUGGAUCACUGUGGACCUGGAGUGUCCAUUCUUCUGCUGCCUGCACCCCAGCAGUCCCUGGGCACACAUCUGCUAAGAACUCCCAUCAGUCUCUUUGCAGUCUUUUUGAAGAGGAGCUGUGCCAGACACAAAGCAGAGCACGAGCUGUGCAUUCUGCCUUUAGAACAUUUUGCCCAAGGAGUGAAAGAAUAUUUCUUAUGUAACGCAAUAACAUGCAAAAACACUGCAGUGAGGACUACUCAUGAUUCUUAGUAAACUGAAUUUGCUGUAAAGAGGAAGACAUGAGGAUGCUGCUCACAGAAAUGUGUGCUAUUUCUCUCCUGUGCUACAGGGUGGAGGCUGAAAGGCAUUUGACAAAAGGGCGCAGUUCUGGAGUCAGACUGGUGCCACCUAGAUGAAAGCCAGAACAGAGUGUUAACUUUUUAAACACCUUUAGAAGCCUCUCAACCCGUUUACCAGGCUUGGAAACAUGCAGUCCCACUGUUCCUGCCCUUGCUUAUCCCAGACACUGUCAGCAGCUGAUACGAUGUUGGCAUUUAAGAUGCUCUUGCCUUUCCUCCAGCCCCUUUACCAGGUCUGCCCCACUGCCAUGUUGCAUGUUUUCAGAGGCCACCAGUUCUGCCUUUCCCAACAGUUUUGUUCACCCCACUCUUUUCCACCUUUAUGUCUACUUCUCACUGCUGGCUUCUGAGGUUCUUCCUUCCUGUCUGUCCAUCAUCUUGUGCUUGAGGGGCUGCACCAGGACAUCCUUUCUCUCACAUUUUCAGUUUUGAACAGGCCAGAGAUAAAGACAAGGGGCUAAGAUGACAUGGAAGGAGAGAAACCCAACUGGAUCUCAGGAGAAAAUGGGAAGACACUACACUGGUUGCUUUUUUAGCCCCCUCCUUCCUUCUCCAGUGUAAGUCUGGAGUCCUGGAACUGCCCUGGGACUGCCCAAGGUCCACUUCAACCUGAAUUACCUUAGGAUUACAUUUUUUUCUCACCAUUCUUGCCAAUGUAUCCCCCUUCUCCCACUGCUUCCUGUAGUUUGGGUCAUACUUGCAAGACACAGUGCGUUCUAUUCAACAGAGAUUAAAAGCUUGUAGGAGCAUUUUGGGCUUACUUGUUCUUGGUGGUUUUAAAGGUAACUUGGAAGAUGGAACCUGCCAGGGUAGUAAAGCCAAACACUUAUAGAACUGUAGGGUAACUGAGGGUAAUACACUAGUAAGUCACAGUUUAGCUACCCAAGGAGAAGGAUAGAGAGAGGUUAUAGUCACCAAGAAUAAUAGAGUUAAAUUAUAGGAGAAAGGGAAUUAAAUUGGGGUCACAAGAGCAGGGCUGUCUCUGUCAACAAGAUCUCUGGGUUACCAAAGGGGAAGACUGAUAGAUAAUGCCAUGCUUUGAUAUAUUCAAACAGUGACUAAAGUGGCCUUAGCAGUUCUGCAGUGUUCUGAGGUAGAUAUGUCUCCAUCUGCAAACUGCUGUUUCACAGUUAGAAAGGAACAAAACAAAAACCAAAAAACAAACCAGAAACAAAUUGUGAGGUUUAUUUUAUAGACUGUAUUAAAAAAUCCAUUUCUGAAAAGGUUUAACUUAUCACCGCCUAUAAGCAAUAAAGCCUCAAAAGCCCCCAAAUCAAAGAA